ACCCUUCUUGAUGGUAAUUUCCUCUUCAUCGUACUUCAAAUUUUUUUUUCUGGUAUCUGCAACAAAUGCUUGUAAACGUCACCGUAAAAAGCUCAAGUUCUUUCAAUGGCGAUCGCUUCUCCAUCGACACCUGGCUUCUCAGUCUCCUUUUGUUGCAUUCGUACCGAGUCGAAUCGUCCGAGUCGCCUAGCUCCUUUUGCUUUAGCUCAUUCCCGCCGAUCUCCCCAACCUCGGCGACUCGUCAUCUCUUCACGGCUCAACUCGACCACGCCGUCCGGCGCGGGUGGUUGGGUGUCACCGGAUAACGGAGAUGUUUAUCAGUACGAGUUGCAGCAUGGUCUUGCCGCGGAGCAGCGGAGGAGGAUGGGAUCGCCGGUCUUCGUGACGCUGCCCGUGGACACGGUUGGUCCUGGGGGUCAGGUGCGGAGGAAGCGAGCCAUGUUGCAGUCUUUGAAGGCGUUAACCGCUGCGGGUGUGGAAGGGGUGCUGAUGGAGGUUUGGUGGGGCCUGGUGGAGAGGGAACAACCUAGGGUUUACGAUUGGCAAGGAUACUUGGAGCUGGUGGCCAUGGCGAGGCGGUGUGGUUUGAAGGUUCGAGCGGUCAUGGCGUUUCACCAAUGUGGCACUGGACCGGGAGAUCCUCACUGGAUUCCUCUUCCUCUGUGGGUGCUUGAAGAGAUUGAUAAAGUUCCAGAUUUAGCAUAUUCUGACAGAUUUGGAAGAAGAAGUAUGGAAUAUAUUUCUCUAGCUUGUGAUAUCCUUCCUGUUCUGCGAGGUCGCUCACCACUGCAAGCAUACACAGAUUUUAUGAGGAACUUCAGAGAUACUUUUAAACCUUUGCUUGGUGUUAUCAUCACAGGCAUCCAAGUUGGGAUGGGUCCUGCUGGUGAACUACGAUACCCUUCAUGCCCUUCCCAUAAACUAACAUGGGCAUGGCGCACUCGUGAACUUGGAGAGUUUCAGUGCUACGAUAAGUAUAUGCUAGCAUCCUUGAAUGCUUGCGCUCGAGCUAUUGGGAUACUUGAAUGGGGACAUGGCGGUCCUAUCGGUGCCAGCAAUUUGAUGCAAAAUCCUGAACACACUGAAUUUUUUAGGAGUAAAGAUGGAUCUUGGAGUACACCAUAUGGGAAAUUUUUUCUCGAAUGGUACUCAGGUAUGCUUCUGCGACAUGGGGAAAGGAUAUGUAGAGAAGCUGAGGCCAUAUUUCGGGGCACUGAGGUUAAUACAUCAGCGAAAGUGUCUGGAAUUCAUUGGCAUUAUGCCAUAAAUUCGCAUCCAUCUGAGUUAACAGCCGGAUACUACAAUACAUCGACCAGAGAUGGGUAUCUACCAAUUACUCGCAUGUUGGGAAGGUAUGGUUUCACUUUGUGUUGCUCAUCUUUUGAAAUGAAAGACUUGGUCGAGAAACAAAUGAGUCCAUUAAGUAGCCCUGAGGGUUUCCUCAGACAGCUUCUAUCAGCCGCAAGGAUAUGCGACAUAUCAUUGGAAGGUGAAAAUUCUGCGGCCAACUUGGAUGAUGAAUCGUUUAAGCAGGUGCUGAAGAUGUCUAGGUUUUAUUCGGAUGGUCUCAAAAAGCCGUCAUUUUCAUUCAACUUUGUUAGGAUGGACAAGAACAUGUUUCAAUAUCGAAAUUGGGUUCACUUUACUCGUUUCAUUAGGCAAAUGACAAAUGCCAAUAUUUUUCGAGCCAAAUUAGAUUCUGGAGCUGAAAUGCGAUUGUCUUCAUCUCUAGAUGCAAAAGUUGGAGUAGCUUUUGCGUACUGCUAGUUAAGCUUCACUUGCAGGGAAUGUUGCAGACUUGCAGUUGCAAUCACCAUUGAUGUGUAUAUAUGGUAAUACAUGAUUGGAUGACCUCUAAGUUUUUUAUUUGAGGAGGAAAAAAGUGUAGUUUUUUACAUUGCCUUCCUGAUUUUUAAAGUGGUUGGCUUUUCAGCUUUUGAUGUUUAUACAAUAUAUUUGCUUGAUUUGGGAGUUAUAAUUCAUGUUGAUUAGUAGGAUGUGAAA